UGACAUAACAUGCACCGGUGUUUGAGAACGUAGCAAACAUGGCGGCCUCCUUGCUACCCGUUUCUCAAAAAUUCAUUAACGGAGUCCCUGUACCGCAAGGCCGCAAGACGCUGCGUCUUAAAGAGAAGUACAUAAUCUUACUGGUGUUUGUUACAUUUGGACUCGUGUGUUUUGGUGCAUUUUUCUUUUUACCAGAUCUUCGAGAUCGGGUUAGACUAAAUGAUGUUGUGAGGAACAGAAUGAGAGGGGUAGAUGAAAUGAUGAUUCCCCGAGGAGGUAUAAGAGGUGGCCAGAUAAUCAGGCACGGUGAAGAUGAACAUGAACAUUUGAAUGAUGAUAGGUUAAAAUUCCAGAACCAAAUGGAUAGAGAUAAUAGGAUUGCUAACAUAGGAAAGAAAUUAAACAUUUCAAGGAAAGAUAGUGGUAAAAUUAAGGAAGACAUUGAUUCAGAGAAAGAGAAAAUUUUGAAAUUAAGACAAGAAGAAGCAAAAAAGAAGGAAGAAGAGGAGAGAGAGAAGGCCAAACAAAUAAAGACAGAACAUGAAGGAGGAGAGGGGGGACAAGGGGGAGAACCCGAAGAUUCAGAUGUGAAACAAAAACGAGAAAAAGUGCGCGAGAUGAUGAGGCAUGCCUGGGUUAAUUAUGAGAAAUAUGCCUGGGGAGCAAAUGAACUUCGUCCAAUCAGCAAGCGGGGACACAGUGCCAGUAUUUUUGGAAGUUUGAGUCUCGGAGCCACAAUCAUCGAUGCGGCCGAUACUUUGUAUAUCAUGGAGUUGAUGGAUGAGUACAAAAGAGCUCGUGACUGGAUCGCCACAAGUUUUACCUUUGAUGGAGCAACUGAGCUGUCGGCAUUUGAGACAAACAUCCGCUUUGUUGGAGGUCUCCUAUCUCUGUAUGCCCUCACUGGAGACGCAAUGUACAAGAAGAAAGCCAUAGUGGUGGCUGACAAACUGCUGCCAGCGUUUGAUACACCAACAGGAAUACCACAGUCCAUGGUGAACACCAAAACAGGAAGUGCUCGUAACUGGGGCUGGGCAUCAGGCGGAUGUUCCAUCCUUGCUGAAUUUGGGUCUUUCCAUUUAGAAUUUGUCUAUCUCUCAGAAAUUAGUGGAAAAAGUAUUUAUAAAGACAAGGUGAUGAAAAUCAGGGAGACCCUGAACAGUAUAGAUAAACCUAAUGGUCUGUACCCUAAUUACCUAAAUCCUCGCACAGGGAGAUGGGGACAAAGUCACACUGCCAUUGGGGCACUAGGAGAUAGCUUUUAUGAAUAUCUGUUGAAAUCUUGGCUUCAGUCUGGAAAGAAAGAUGAUUUAGCCAAGAAAAUGUAUGACGAAGCAGUACAGGCCAUUGUGGAGAAGCUUGUAAAGAAAUCCCCUGGAGGUCUAACUUAUGUAGCAGAGUACAAAUCAGGGAGACUGGAAAAUAAAAUGGACCACUUAGGAUGUUUUGCAGGUGGAAUGUUUGCCUUAGGAGCAGAGUAUUCAGACAACAAACAGAAAUAUUUAGACCUCGGGGCAGGGAUAUCUAACACCUGUCAUGAAUCUUAUGCAAGAUCAGAAACCAAAUUAGGACCAGAGGCAUUCAGAUUUGAUGGGAACACGGAGGCAAAGUCAAUACGACAGAAUGAGAAAUAUUACAUACUGCGACCCGAGGUAGUGGAGACGCAUUUCUAUAUGUGGAGGUUAACUAAAGAAGAAAAGUAUAGAGAUUGGAACUGGGAGGCAGUACAGGCUCUGGAGAAACAUUGUAGAACUGACGGAGGUUACACAGGUAUACGAGAUGUCUACCAGACAAACCCGUCACAGGACGAUGUACAGCAGAGCUUUUUCCUGGCAGAAACAUUGAAAUACCUCUAUCUGACAUUCUCAGAUGACUCACUAAUCCCCCUAGACAAAUGGGUAUUCAAUACUGAGGCCCACCCCUUACCGAUUCAGGGGGCCAAUAAAGUUAUUGAGAAGAAGGAGAGAUGAAUUUGAUGAGAUAGGUCCCAUAUAAAAGAAGACUGUGAUUGGACAUACUUGGUGUGAAUAUGUAUAGCUUUGUUUUGAUGUGUAAGUGAGUUAUACGUGGUGAUUCAUGGAUCUGUCCUUAAAUUAUUUUGUUUAGGCAUUUUUUAGUCACAAUGUAUACAAGUUGAAAUACUUAGGUCUAAAUCAAAAUUUCAUUAUUUUAGAAACUUCCCUGGCAGUUAGAUUAUUUUUUUGUUCAGAAACAAAGAUUCAUUUUUACCUGUAUCAUUGAAUUCCACUCUGAACUUACAUGAAAAAUGUAAAAAAUACAGUAUUGAUUUUAUUUCUUCAACAUGGAAAAAUUUGAGCAAAAUACUUAAAAAAAAUACACAACAGUGACUCUCAAUGAUUCAUGCAAAAAAAAUAUGAUGACCCUAGUGAUGUACAGCAAAUUGAUUUUCUUUCCCACCAAAAACUAAGUAAUUAACUGACCAGUUAGUGGUCUUUUUAUCCAUUCUCAGAUUCAUAAGAUCACUCUAAUUAAGUCUUGAAAUUCAACAAAGUAUGUUCUGUGGAUUUAACAAUGUUUAUUUUGCAUAAAAAUGUGCUGUAAGCUGUUGGACUGAUCCCCACAUAAUAUAUACAUGAAUGAGUCAUUUUGUCCAUUGAGCUUUAUAAUAUAUACCUCCACUUCAACUAUAUAUUAACAUUGAAGCUCCAUUUUAAUUUUUAUUUAUAUCUGAUUCAGUAUGUACCAUGGUACUUGAUAUAUUUUGUCAUGCAGUCUACUGUGGUCAUAGAUAUGUAGACAGAUUUGUAUAUUUUAUCAGUAAAUACAUGUUUGUUAUUGUGAUGUAAAUACCUACGUUUGUGUUUGUGAUAUGUGCUUUGCUAAGCUGUCUCUUAAUUGGUAGAUGGUAGUGAAUUUUUUUAAUUUUCUGAGAUGACAUCAUAAUAGAUUAAAAUAUUGUUGAUGAAUUAUUUGUCUUUUUAUUGGCUUAAUAGUGAAAAAUAAUUGUAUCUUCUCCAUAAGAGCCUGUAAUAAGAAGAAGGUCUGAGAGAAGGUAAAUUCUCAAACCUUUUUUUUUUCAUUCAAUCAGACUGUGAAUACUAUAAAGAUUGAGAUAUUUAUACAUCAAGAAGAUUUAUUCCUUUUUUUAAAGCAUGAUAACUAUAUGUAUCAUUACAUUUAUUAGCACAUUGAUGAAGUCAUAAUUAUGUCAUAAACAGUUGGUGUAUGUUUAAUAUAUAUAUUUUCAUAAUGCUCAUUUCCCACAGUGACUGUGGUUUGUAAAAAUUAAGGUAACUGUUUUCAUUGUUCAUUAUAUUUGACAUUUGAGAAAGACGAUUUUAUUUUUCUGUUUCACAAAUCUCUGUAGAGUGAUGUAGUUUUUAGGUUUAUGUUGAAAUUGGCAUUCCAUUGAAAAAUAUGUCAUAUAGUACUAUUGACACAGCAUUAUUAUAUUGAAUAUUAUUUGCAAAGCUAUUUAUUAAUGUUCUUGCAUGCAAGUAUUGAUACUAUUUUUUUCAAAGAGAAGAUUUUGCUAAAUGGUAUACAGAGUAAAUUGUAUAACAAAAGUUGUUUUGAUGGAAAAAUCCUGGUGCACUUGCUUUGAGUAAAUGCUAUUCAUUGACAGAUUUAUAAUCUAAAAAGAAAUAAACAGAUAUUUGACAUUUGAAUGUCAAAUAAAUAGGUUUAUCAUGGAUCUCGAUGUUUGUUAAAAACAUUGUUGAAACCAUUUACACUCCUUAAGAAGAUGUCUGCAUGUAUAUUAAUAUAUUAAUGUACAGUGCAACUUCAAAUGUUGGAAUAUCUGUGUAUCAAUUUUUAAACAAACAUAUGAUAUACAUUAAAAUAGAUUUUUAAACAAUUUUGGUAUAUUUUAUAUGUUUGGUAUAUCAAUUAAUAGAAUCAAUAUGAAGAAGCUUUCUUGAAUUUCCAUCAUGAUAAGUAUAUCAAUUAAAAUUCAGUACAGGUAGUAUUGCUCUCUGUAAUAUGGAUAAUCCUAGUUGUAGAAGUGAUGUUAAUUAGAUUAUUACAAAUUAGAAAUCACAUUACUGUACAUACUAUUAAUGACUCUGUGUACUCUAUCCUGUGUUAUAUAGUGAUUCUUUUAUGUGUUCAUCUUAUAGUCACAUAUUUAUAAAACAGACCAGUCAUUAAAUUAAUUUUCAAGUAUAUUAAA